GCUGUGCGAACAAAGCAGAUCGGAAUAUUUUUCCAGUGUGGGAGAAACCCAAGAGCCUUUAAACAGCCCCACAAAAACAAAGAAGACUGUGCUUCAAAAGAUAGCCAAACAAGCCAGUGUCCAGCAAGACCUUUGUGGUUCCACUAUGGCAGAGCAGCAGAUUGACCAGAGAGUCUGUGCUGAAAACCAGAAACCGGAACUUCAAGUUGUCAAGUCAGAAUCAGGCUCAGUGAGUCUGUCCAGAUCUGAACAGAAGGUCCUGUCAGAGGCAAACCACAAGGUGCCUUGCUCCAGUGCAUUAACUGUAGCAGGAGCUCUAAUUGGGACUACUCAAAAGCAGGAGCGGCAUGCUGAGAACGAUCUUCCAGACUGUAUCAACCUAAAUGGGACCUCAGCAGGUUUCUGCCAAAAUGAAAUCAGUCAGGAGACCAGCACGAGCAAGAGGUGCAAGCUGAGUGAUGCUGGGGAAGACCCUCACCCACACGGGGCCAAGAGGACGUGCCUUGGAAGACCUCCAGCCCUAAUGCAAACUUACUCUGCACAAACAUCCAAGCACGACCUCCUUCCUCUGCCACCCCUCCCUCCACUUGAAGCCAAGGCAGAGUCCCAGGCUUCCCCUGUCUCAGAGUGCAAGAAAACCACACUGGAAGUAGAGCUGCUUACUCCAGGGAAACAAGCCCAAAGGCUCUCCCUCACAAGCAAUAACACGGCACAGACAAACCAAAACAGGCUGGCCGCAAGUCUGAGGAGCCUAUCUGUCAAGCCUGCAUCCUCAGGCUCCUCUAUUGGUUCCAGAUCCACACUCGGAGAGGAGUGGAGUGAAAAUGUGCCCAGAACCUCUAGAUUACGACGACUGAAGAGGUCCUGAGGGGGAGAGAGAGACAGGCUACAGUAAAGAUGCCUGACGCCACAGAAAUAGAGAUGAGACUCUGUCAGACUACAUGCUUCCCCCAUACUGUCCAUGUGGUCUGCUCAGAUGACUUGCAUUUGUGCUUGUGUCACUUUUUACUGCGAUAUCUGUUCUUUUCACAUAUGCUGCACACGCACAGAUCAAAUGCUGAACACAUUAUGGCAACUGAUACAUGUGCAUUUGAGUUAUGCUUUGUCAAAUACUUGAAACGGAUCUCUGCCUCCACCCAUAAGUAGUGGUGGUCAAGAACAGCUCGCAAAUGAAAGUCAAAAACCUUUAAUUGGAGUUAAGAUUUGGUUUUGUGUUAAAGAUUGGGGAUUUCAGACAGGCAGGAGCCAUGCAGUACGUCAUGGCUUUCAGACUCAAAUACUGGCUCCUACGUGUCUCAAAACUGUCCAGUUUACCCGCCGAAGCUCGAGCAUGAUUGAUUGCUGUUUCCAGGUUUAUUUCAUCACCCCAUUCUCAAAAAAAGUGUUUUUGUAGCUAGAUAUUUUUCAUAUACCAGUUAGUUGCUAAGCACCUGAAAACAAAUCUAUAAGUGGAAACAUACUGUGCUGCUUUUUUUUUUUUUAACCUAAACCAACUAAAUGCAGGAACGUGAUCAGUUUUCAAAUCAGAGGUUGAACAACAGCUGCUGUCACCAGCCGUAAAGCUCCAUUUACAACCCAGUAUUUCUAUUUCACAACAAAAUGUUGACUGAAAAUUUUACUCCUGUUUUAUUUUACUGGAAAGACAUUUCGAUAUAAAUAAAUUUUUCCCUCAGUCAAAACAAAACAAAAAAAAGCCCCAUUUGAAUCAUUGUGUAAAAUUCACAGAGAAUUUUGGGAAAGCAGCCGGCACAGAUCUCAUUGCAUUGUUUUCCUCUCACAGAGUCCAAACCAAAUGCUGCUUGUGGCAGUUCGACAGUGGGGUCUGUCCAAAAAAUGGAAAAAAAGUAUUAGUGGUUACAACCUGAGUGUCACCACUAGGAGCCAGUUCAGCUAUCAGCUAUUAGUCCCAACAUGUUGAGGAUCUUUCUCAAGGGGUGUUGUAAUCUCUCGUCUUUGUUUUAAUUCUGGCAAGAAGAGUUUGCCCAAAAAAAUAAAGAACAUAAUAAAUCACUUUUACUCCACAGCUUAGGCUUCUCCAGCCCAACUUUGUUUUUUUUUUGUUUUUUAAACUUGCUACAGUAUCUUAACCAGACCAUAAAGGGCUACAAUAUCUGAGCGUUAUGAGUACUGCGUCUCCAGGACUCGACUAGGAAACCAUUAGCUGUAGUUCCCAC